AUGAGUGCAAACUUUGAAAUAGGACAAUCUCAAGUAACAACAACACCAAUAAGCAAAGUUAAUAAUAUAAAAUCAAAUUUACAUAAGCGUAGAAGCCUGAAUGAAGACCUUUCACCUAUCACUCGUAAAUUUAUUAAACUUCAAUCAGACAAUGACGAUACACCAAAAAGUGCACCACAGCAAUCGCUUAUUUUCACCACACCACCUAUAUCUCGUUUAUGGUGUCCAUCAAGGCUUGAAAUGAUAGAUUUAUCACCUGCUUCACCAAAACCUAAAAAAAGAUCUCUUAUAUUUUUUAAUAAUUUAACACAUCCAUUUAUGUUAAACGAUCAUGCUACUAAAUAUCCACAUUUUUUGGAUAAAGAUUACUUUGAAAAAUUUGCGUUUAAACAUCCAACAUUAACAUCAUAUACAGAGGAGAAUUUUUUUGAGUAUAAUUUUUGGAUACUUAAAAAAAUUGGAAUUGGUGAAUUUUCAGAAGCAUUCAAAGUUAGAGAUAAAACUGGUAAAACAUAUGUGAUCAAAAAGGCUAAAAGACCAUUUAAAAAUCUUUGUGAUAGACAAGAUAAACUUGAAGAAGUUGAAAUUUUAUGGAAAUUGGGAAAACAUUCAAAUUGUCUAGAAUUAAUCUCUGCCUGGGAACAAGAAGGUUAUUUAUACCUUCAGACUGAAUAUUGUGAACAUGGCACUUUGGAAUAUUACCUAAAGAAUUACAAAGAGAACAAACUUCCUGAGUCAGAAAUCUGGAAAAUGAUUAACGAUAUUGCAAUGGGCCUUAAACAUAUUCAUGAAAGUAAUAUAAUACAUAAUGAUCUCAAACCUGGAAAUGUCUUCAUUACAAAAUAUGAUAGACUCAAGAUUGGAGAUUUUGGACUUGCAACACAUUGGCCAGUUCGUAUGGGAUUUGAUAAAGAAGGAGACCGUGUCUAUUUGGCUGGUGAAAUUUUAUCCGAGUCCAGAAACGAUAAGCCGGCUGAUAUUUUUAGUUUUGGCUUGAUAAUCCUAGAAUUGAGGUCACAAACACCAGUGUCCACUGAUCAACAAAUCGCAGGAAAGAAAAAUUUAAGACAACAUCCAUCAAGAUCAAAUCUUCAAGAAAAUUUACCACCAAAACCCCCAACACAAAAACAUAAUAAUUUACCACCACCAAUAUCACCCCAACAAUUUAAUUUUCUAAGCUUCGGUAACAAUCAGGGUAGCAGUGAUGAUAAUUCUGAUUCUUCAGAUGAUUCUACAACGGAUAAUAGUGAUGUUCUGGCAGAUAACUUGAUUGAUUUAAGUGUAAAUGAAGAUACUGAAUGGAUUUAUCCGGAACAACAAAAAUUAGAUAACCGCGCAUUUGUUGGUAAUCUUUUGCAUACUAUACCUAAAUCAAGGUUAGAGUCAACAUUGGAAGAACAAUUUGGAAGCGUUGUUGAAAUUGACUGCAUAUAUAAUAAGAGAUGUGCAUUUGUAACGUUCGCAAAUAAGACAUCAUAUGAUACUGCUAUCGAGAGAGGAUUCUUUUUCAUUGAAGGAAUAAAAUUGUCAAUUUGUAUGGCAAAAACAAAGAAAAGAAAUCCAAGCUUUAUUAAAAAAGCGGAGUGA